GGGCAGCCCCCCCCCCCCCUCCUCUCCUCUUCCUCCUCAGAGGCUCCGCUGCUGUCUGUCUGUCGGACUCUUCUCUGGACUCUGAAGGAACAUGUCCUCCAGCAGCAGCAAGACCUGGUCUGCUCCCCUUCAGGGUCUCUGCCUGACAUGAAGGACUGUAAAGGAGUGUGAGGACCCAGCGCCCCCUGCUGGACCCUGCAGACCUCCUGCAGACUUCCUACUGGACCCUUCUGGACCCUGCAGACUUCCUACUGGACCCUUCUGGACCCUGCUGGCCCCCCUCUGUCCCUGAAGGCCAUGGCUGAGCCCGACUACUCCGACCUGAUCGCCAAACACUACAACUACACCGGAAAGUUCCGCAAGACGCAGCAGGACUCGGGCCUGAAGGCCGACUCGGUGGUCUUCAUCAUCGUGUGCUGCUUCAUCAUCCUGGAGAACAUCCUGGUCCUGACCACCAUCUGGAGGACCAAGAAGUUCCACAAGCCCAUGUACUACUUCAUCGGGAACUUGGCGCUGUCGGACCUGCUGGCCGGCAUCGUGUACACCGCCAACAUCCUGCUGUCGGGCGCCAACACCUACAAGCUGACGCCGACGCAGUGGUUCAUCCGGGAGGGCAGCAUGUUCGUGGCUCUGGCGGCGUCCGUCUUCAGCCUGCUGGCCAUCGCCAUCGAGCGCCACCUCACCAUGCUGCAGAUGAAGCUGCACAACAACGGCAACACGUGCCGCGUCUUCCUGCUGAUCAGCGCCGUGUGGAUGGUGGCGGCGGCGCUGGGCGGCCUGCCGGUGAUGGGCUGGAACUGCAUCUUCAAUGUGACGCGCUGCUCCACCGUGCUGCCGCUCUACCACAAGACCUACAUCCUGUUCUGCACCACGGUGUUCAGCGUCAUCCUCAUGGCCAUCGUCGUGCUGUACGCUCGGAUUUACGCGCUGGUCCGCGCGCGCAGUCGCAAGCUCGUCUUCCGCAAGGCGACCAACGGCCGCGGCGGCGCCGGAGGCGGCGGUGGCGCCAACGCGAAGAGCUCGGAGAAGUCGAUGGCGCUGCUGAAGACCGUCAUCAUCGUGCUGAGCUGCUUCAUCGCCUGCUGGGCGCCGCUCUUCAUCCUCCUGCUGCUGGACGCCGCCUGCGAGACGCUGAGCUGCCCGAUCCUCUACAAGGCCGAGUGGUUCUUGGCGCUCGCCGUCUUGAACUCCGCCAUGAACCCGCUCAUCUACACGCUGACCAGCAACGAGAUGCGCCGCGCCUUCCUCAAGACGCUGCUGUGCUGCACCGCCUGCCUGAGGCCCAACGCCAAGUUCAGCGGGCCCAUCGUAGGGGCGGAGUUCAGCCGCAGCAGGUCGGAUAACUCCUCCCACCCCAACAGGGAGGAGGCGGAGUAUUCGCCGAGGGAGACGACCUCGGGACGCGUCACCUCGUCCUCCUAAAGACGACGUCAUCACGGACCUCAUGGCACUUAUGAGACUCUCAAACUGGUUCAACUGGGACCAGUGACCCUCAUGUGGAGAAGCUCACAGGACCAUCAGCUGGAUCGGCUCCUGUGGAUCCUGGUUGUCCAGGUUCAAGUGGACCCUUGUAGAACCAGAACCAGAACAAAUAGAACCUUUGUCUCUUCUUCCCUUAAAACACUUCAAGAUUCCAGGUGCUGGUCAUGUGACCUCAGUCUUCUUCCUCUUCUUCGAUGGUCCCGAGACGACACAUCAGAUUAUCUGAACCUUUGAUCAGGUUUCUGCAUAUUUAGUGAUCAAUAUUUAAUAUUUAACCUUCAGCAACACACUGUUUCUAUUUAACUAUCAACAGCUGUCUUAGUGCAUUAAUAAUAAUAAUAUUAUUAACUAGAUUCAUAUAAAGCUCCGUCCAUGUAAUCAGGUGAAGAAGAGGAAGAGGAGCUGAGACUCUGACAAGAACCUGAACUUCGUGUUUUUGGGACAUUUUUGUAAAAAGUUAACUGUAAAUGUUAGAAACUGUUGGUCAGAAUGUAUUUUCUACUUCCUGUCUGUGUUAUUGUUGUUGUUGUCAGUAGCGACGUCAGUGUAGUCAAAUUAAUUUAUAUUUGAAAGCAGGAAGAAAACAUUUUGUUUGUCACGUCAUGUUUAUUUUAGUUGAAUCGUGUUUCAGAAGAACGGAAGCUCAAACUAUCAAACGAUUAAAUGAAGAACAAUAAUUUAAAAAAUAAUUUAAACAUUGUUCAUAUUUCAAAAUGAUAGAAAAGUUAUUAAAGUUAAAUCCAUCUCAACAUUUAGAUUCAAGGUUUAUUCUCGACCUGAAAAACAAGAAUCUCAGGUCCAUUUAAUAGCUGUUCAGGAGCUUUUGAUCAUUUCACAUGAACUUCUUCUGCAGAUUUCAGAGUAAGGAACAACCUUUAAAGUCUUUAAGACCCCCCCCCAUCUCAGAACUACUUGGACCCUAAGAACAGUAAGAACUGAGAAAAUGUUUUCAGAAUGAAGUCAAUUCAUCAUCAUGUUUAUGUUUUGGCAGCACGGGGCUUCCGUAGUUCGGACUCAGUUCUCUUAACCCGUUAACUGUUCGUGAUCCGUCUGUUUAACUCAAU